AUAUCCGAUUCAGUUCAGGAAGUGUCCGUCUUGUUUUUGUUUUUCGACUGCUUCGUUUCGACGUUUUCUUACCACUUCAGCAGCAAACUUCACUCGCGUCCUCUCGGCUUUCAAAAUGGGAUGCGAUGGUGGAACUAUUCCCAAAAGACACGAGUUGGUGAAAGGACCCAAAAAAGUCGAGAAGGUUGACAAAAAUGCAGAAUUGGCUGCCAAAUGGAAAUACUGCGCCCUAAGUCAGGAGAAACUCAGACGUCCAAUUGUUGCCUGUGAACUGGGAAGGCUUUAUAACAAAGAUGCUGUCAUUGAAUAUCUUCUGGAUAAGUCUGCCGAGAGACCUAACACUGAGGCCGUGACACAUAUUCGUGGAACCAAGGAUAUAAAAGAACUCAACUUGACGGAUAACCCAGAGUGGGAGGGAGAGAGAAGGAACACCAAAGGAGACAAAUAUGAAGACAUCCACUGUGGAAUGUUUAUUUGCCCUGUUGUCGGGUUAGAGAUGAACGGCAGGCAUAGGUUCUGUUACCUGCAGACAUGCGGUUGUGUCUUCUCGGACCGUGCCCUCAAGGAGGUGAAGACCGAAAUCUGCCACAAGUGCGGUGACCCAUUUCAAGAUUCAGACAUCAUUGUGCUCAACGGCACCAAGGAGGAGGUUGAGAAGCUGACUCAGAAGAUGGAGGAGAAGCGAGCCAAAGCCAAAACCAAAACUAAGAAGUCAAAGAAGAGCAAAGCUGCUGAAAGUGUGACCACCUCAUCACAACCAAAAGAUGACAAACAAGUGAAGGUAGCACAAAAUGGCGAGCUCCACAGCAGUGAGGAAAGCAGCCAAUCAGAUGUGGCAGGACCCUCGAGUUCCUCAGGCUCAUCCAAAGGCAGCAAGUUGUCAUUGUCGUCAUCAUCAUCGGCCGCCACCAAGAGGUCCAUCCAAGAAAUGGAGGAGAAAUCUGAAGCCUUCAAGUCCCUCUUCACCACCCACAGCUCUGCCAAGCGCACCAAAGAGCAGAUCUCCAACUGGGUCACCCACACGCCCUACCACUUCUAAUUCUCUCUCUUUCACACAGCUUUCCCUUGCCACCAUUGCGUGCGCCCAUGUUGCUCCAUGUUUAGCUGAUGUGGUGGACAGUUUAAUGACUCCCCGGGCUGCUCACACUUUUGUUUUGCAGCAUCUCCCCAUGGAUUAAGGUCCUCUCAGGUGAUUUCAACAUUUUUUUGGUGUAGUUUUUUCUCCUAGAAAGGUGUGCAGUCCCUUUCAAAUCAAUGAGAUCUGACUUUUCGUUUAACCCCCUCGUGUUCUCUUAAAGACAUUUAAAUUAGUAGUCAUUUGUAUUACACAUGCAUUUGUGAUAUGAGCGAGUCUCACAAUAAAUUAACAUAAAGCCA